UAGGUAUUGUAUUGUACAAUCUUCAGCCGUCUAGUUCCAUGUGAAUCAUGUGAUUUAAGUAAAUAGCAUCAACAUCCGUAUGACUAGUUUCUGAACGAAACUGAAUGUGUCGUGUUCACGAGCAUGAGUAUAUAUAUAGGUUCCUGUUCCUGUCGACGUCAUAAUGAUACCUCAAUCUGAAUUAUUUUUGUACGUAUUUCGUACGAUUUUCCCUUCGGAGGUAGAAGCAGUGAUACUGAGCCACGAGGGCGUGCAGGAAGUGUGCGUGACCAGCGUGCCGCACCCGGUCGACCACGAGAGGCCGGUGGCUGUGGUCGUGCGCAAGCCCGGGGCGGCCGUCAGCGCCCAGGAGAUCAAGGACCUCGUCACAAGUGAAGUAUCGGUGCAGCUGCUUGGCGGCGUGUUGUUCGUGGCGGAGCUGCCGGCGACGUCGACCGGCAAGCUCGCGCGCGCCGACGUCACCCAGCUGGCCCGCCACGCACACACACACGCACAGCUCCAGUGACCGAGAGGUUAAUGCUGGAUGGAAUUACAGAAUACUCCUCUAUUUACCAAGAGACAAGAAAAACAUUAUAAACUUUAACAAGGUUGUGUAUUAUUUUCACACACGACACAAAACCUCCUUAUUUUUGGAAAUGGUUUGAAAUCGUAGCCCUUCGCUGACGCCUAUAUCACCCGGGCUAUAAACAACAAGGUCCAAAAAUAACACAAUUCAACAAUAAACAACCACUAAUUGAUAUUGAUACACUUUGUAUAAUUCAACCAGACGAUACCAGAACCAGGCGAACCAACGAUUCAACGGAGCCACGCCGUUUUGUCGCCUA